CUCUGCUGUGAUUAAAAAUGUGUGCAACCCAUGCCUGGCCCAGAAGCUGAACUUUUUCUGUGAGGAAGCUUUGUGUUGGACAAUUUACAUCAAAGGGAAUGGCUAUGAUGUAGCAUUUGCUCCCGUGAUCAGAUACAGAUAGUUACAUAGUCCCAGUAUUAAGUUAGUAAGGAUUAAAAGAAAGGGAAAGCCCAUGUAGUGAAAGUCAGGCGUUUGCAGCCCUUGUACACAAAAGGAUCUUCAAAUCCUUCCAUUGUUAGAAAUUACACAAAUACUCAGAGCCUUCUGCCAAACAAUUGUCCACCAGAAAAUCCUCAUUGCGUGUGGUGGCACACACACUUUAAUCCUGUCAUUCUGGAGGCGGAUGAUCAAACACUUGAGACCAUGCAUGACUGCAAGGGGAGUUUGAGGCCGGCCUGGGAUGUGUGCAAUCAGGACUCAAAACAAUAAGGAAAGGACACAAUAAGGAAAGAUAAAAGUUUUUAUCUAUGAUUAUACACUGCAUUUUUCUCUUACGAUGGAAAAAUAACCUCCCAUACAACUAGAAUAGAAUUUAGAGAAACAUCGUAGGAAUGUGGUUGUGUUGUCAGAAGGGAAACAUUUCCCCCCCUUCAGGUGAGAGACCUGGAUUGCUAAGUUGCAGUGACUCUCCCAUCUCAGCAUCUCAAGUAGAUGGGACUACAGGCACAUUACUGUGCAAAGUGAAAAAAGAUGAUUCAAACAAAAAACGGUGUGUGUGUGUGAAAAUAUAGUUGAGUGGUAGGACUGGUUUGCUCAAAGCCUUUCUAGUAUGCAUUGCUCUUCCCAUACAUCUAACCAACGAUCGCAGGUCAUCUAAUAAGUAUAGGGCUCUCAAAUGGUGUGAAUUAGCUAAAGAAGAGUAAUCUUAGUUUCUUGGUAAUCAAUCUCAUGUCCCAAGACCAUGUAGGGGGAAAUAUACAUGUUAAGCAAGCUCUCUACCACUACUAUUUCUCUUGUCUUCUUUUUGAGACAGGCUUUCAGUAAAUUUCCCAGGCUGCCUUGAACGCACUCUGUUGCUCAGGCAAGUCUUGAAGUUGCAGUUCUCCUCGGCUGGGCUUGUGUUCUUGCCUUUCACCCACCUCCUGGCCUGGAGACUUGGGAGUUCUCACUUUUCGAUGAUCUAAACUAGUGUUUUCUGUCUCCUCUAGAUAGAUCCUUUGCAGGUGAGGUCAUGUGCAGUUAUUCUCCCAGCCUGUCUCAUCCGAGUUUCCCUUACACCUGAAGGUUCACGUUACACAGCUCCUGUUGCUCUCUUGAAGUCUUGUGAUGCCCUUCUACUUAACACCCUUGCGCAGACUUAAAAGGUCUGAGUUCUGCACGCAGUCUCUGCACCUUUCCUUUGAUGACACCCCCCCCUUUUAAAAAACAAACUGUUCAAACUGGAUUUAGCCUCCUCAAUGUUGCACUUGAAAGAAAAGCGUAUUUUUGCCUGUAACCUCUUGUGAUGGCUUUCAGAGGCUUACCAAUUGUGGUACCUACCGUGGCACCGCCCAAACAAUAACUCUUAUUGUUAAUUUCUAGGGUAGGUCAGUCAGAUUCGGAGAAACUCGGGACAUCAUCCGUAUUCUGCUAUGUUGCAGGAAUUCUCUUAAACGUCACCCAUUUACCUCUGUAAGGGCACACGGGAUGACCCGGGCGUGUCUCCACCUUGGGAGAGGCCCGUUGGUCGGUCGGGCGCAGCGCUCUGGGGCUGCGUCCUUCGCGCCCCUGGCAGUCUCAGCCUUCCCUCGCGAGGCGCCGCACACCGAGCGCCUCUCGUGCAAGGGCGAGGGGUUCGUAGAGUGCGAGUCCGUUAGGCAAAGUGGGGUACAGGACUAGCUCGGGCACUGGCAGCCCAUGUGGGUCGGGACUGACCCCCUAAAGCGGGCAGGAGCGCGGAUGAAAAGCUGCGGAUUAAGGGUAGAACUACCGCCCCUGCAAACCUGAACGAACUCUGGAUUACUACCCAGUCCCUGCGGGGAGCUGAUUAGCGCCAUUCCCCUCCCCCACUCCGGCGGGUAGGUCUAGAGAACGGUUUGAAGGUAGCCGCAUGCGCAUUAAGUAAAACAAGAAACCGCUGAGACGCCAAGCGCAAUAAUUGCAAAAAGGCGCAGGCGCAGAAAGAAAAAAAAAAAACAACCAAAAACACCUCGGUCAGUUUAUGAAGAGGGCUGAGCCCAAACGCAUGCGUGUAAUAAUAGGACGGCGGGAGAGAGCUCGGGGUUUCUUAAUACGCAUGCGUCCAAUCUCUCUGUGACGCAAGUGGGGCGGGGCCGGCAACAGGGUGCGCGUGCGCAGAGCUUGCUGGAAGGGCUUUAUUUAGCCUGCGCAGGCGCCCGCUUAUCAUUUCUCCUCAGCCACGCCGAGGCUUUUUGUGGAGCCCCGCAAUCUGUGUGGACGCCAGGACCACCGAAGGGACGAUGAUGCUGGGAGCAGAAGGCGGAGAGGGCUUCGUGGUGAAGGUCCGGGGCUUGCCCUGGUCCUGCUCCGCGGAUGAAGUGCAGCGCUUUUUUUCUGACUGCAAAAUUCAAAAUGGGGCUCAAGGUAUUCGUUUCAUCUACACCAGAGAAGGCAGACCAAGUGGCGAGGCUUUUGUUGAACUUGAAUCAGAAGAUGAAGUCAAAUUGGCCUUGAAAAAAGACAGAGAAACUAUGGGACACAGAUAUGUUGAAGUAUUCAAGUCAAACAACGUUGAAAUGGAUUGGGUGUUGAAGCAUACUGGUCCAAAUAGUCCUGACACAGCCAAUGAUGGCUUUGUACGGCUUAGAGGACUCCCUUUUGGAUGUAGCAAGGAAGAAAUUGUUCAGUUCUUCUCAGGUAUGUAGUCCUGUUUGUUGCUGAGCAGUGAGGUAUGGCAGCUUCUGGCGACAUGAAUUAGUAUUAGUAGACCUUUAAAAAGUUGAAUAGUCUAGGUACUUAAAGUAGGCUGUUGAAUAUAUGUUGUUGAAUUCACAUUUUCUUCCUGGAGACCUUCAAAUAACUUAAGCCCAUCUUAAAGGUGGAAAUUAGAAGUAUUUCCAAAGUGUUAACUUUGCCUAUAUUUAGUAUUGUAGUUCAGAGUAGACCUUUGAGGAUUCUACUCAGCCAUCUUAACUUCCUCAUAUUGCUGUUUAGCAAAGUACUUCAAGUUAAAGGUAAGCUCUUUUAACAUUAGAUUAGUGUGAGUCUAGAUUGUUACAGUUUAUGGUGUUAUAACUUAUUUUCCGUCAUGGGACCAGAAAUAUUUUAGCUAGUGUAAUUCUCUGUAUGAAAAUUGUUAUGAAAGGAACUUGGCUUAGGUAGCCUAUUAGAAGUCAAAAAAGUAAAUUGUAGCAAGUGUAGGUUGAAUGCUUGUAGUCUCAAUAUGAAAGCAGUAUAGAAGUUUUUGAAGUUGUUCUGGGCCUAAAGUAUUUGAAUGUUUUUAUGUUGAAGAGCUGAUAGGAUUUGCAUGCUUAGCAGAAUGUUAAAUCUUGUAUAUUUUAAGUACUAUUAAUACUCUUGAUGACAUAGACAGAAUUAAUCAAAUAUCUUAAUAGUUUUUAGCAUAGUAUGUAUUAGAACUUUGACUAGAACUUUAUAUAUGUAUCAAUUUGUAAUAUUUUAUAGUUUGAAAUCAAGUCUGUUUUGUUUUAUCUAAAUUGGUGAGAAUUGAAUGCUAUCUGUCAACGUUAAAUAUGAACAUAAUUUCAUAUCUUCUAGGAAAGUGCUUUAAGGCCUUUUUGUAAGCUUGGGAAUGUAUCCACGGGAAGGAUUUUUCAUAGACGGAAUUUCCAGAAGUGAAUCAUACUACUGUUAGAACAUAAGAGUGCAUGAUUGCUUUGUAGAUAGUUAUUGUUGAAAGUUUAGUUUGUAUGUUUGUCAAUUAUGAUUUUUAAAAUGUUUUCAAUUUUUACAUAAACUGUUUAAAUGUGUAAUUUUAAAAUUGAAGUUCCAAUAACUUAAAAAGAAUUGAAAUAUAUGAGGUUAAAAGGUUUCUUAUUUUACUUAAAUUGUUAUUUUAAUGCUUAAAAAAUUUAAAGUUCUUGUAUAAUUCUAUUAAGAUGCAUAGAUUAAAAUGUUUUUAAUUGUUGAAUUCUUAAUGCACCCUCUGGAGUAUAACACUUUUUUUUCUUUACUGUAUAUACUAUGCCUUGGGUGUGUUAAGAAUUGAGUUAUACUCUUUAUAGUGGAACUUCUUAUUAUUGCAAUGCAUAUUUUAAGAGUACUUGUUGAAAGCAUACCAUUCACCUAAAGUUAAAAUUCUGGUUUAUUUAAAGCUAUAAGAAGAAUCAUUUCUGGGCUUGUGAUGUUAAUAUUGCCCCCCUACUGGGGUUAUUUGUCCUUGGGUUGAAGGGUUGGAAAUCGUGCCAAAUGGGAUAACAUUGCCGGUGGACUUCCAGGGGAGGAGUACGGGGGAGGCCUUCGUGCAGUUUGCUUCACAGGAAAUAGCUGAAAAGGCUCUAAAGAAACACAAGGAAAGAAUAGGGCACAGGUAUAUUGAAAUAUUUAAGAGCAGUCGAGCUGAAGUUAGAACUCAUUAUGACCCACCACGAAAACUUAUGGCCAUGCAGCGGCCAGGUCCCUAUGACAGACCUGGGGCUGGCAGAGGGUAUAACAGCAUUGGCAGAGGAGCUGGUUUUGAGAGGAUGAGGCGUGGUGCUUAUGGUGGAGGCUAUGGAGGCUAUGAUGAUUAUAAUGGCUAUAAUGAUGGCUAUGGAUUUGGUUCAGAUAGAUUUGGAAGAGACCUCAAUUAUUGUUUUUCAGGAAUGUCUGACCACAGAUAUGGGGACGGUGGCUCUACUUUCCAGAGUACAACCGGACACUGUGUACACAUGCGGGGAUUACCAUACAGAGCUACUGAGAAUGACAUUUAUAAUUUUUUUUCACCACUCAACCCUGUGAGAGUACAUAUUGAGAUUGGACCUGAUGGCAGAGUAACUGGUGAAGCAGAUGUUGAGUUCGCAACCCAUGAAGAUGCUGUUGCAGCUAUGUCAAAAGAUAAAGCAAAUAUGCAACACAGAUAUGUAGAGCUCUUCUUGAAUUCUACAGCAGGAGCAAGCGGUGGUGCUUACGAACACAGAUAUGUAGAACUCUUCUUGAAUUCUACAGCAGGAGCAAGCGGUGGUGCUUAUGGUAGCCAAAUGAUGGGAGGCAUGGGCUUGUCAAACCAGUCCAGUUACGGUGGCCCAGCCAGCCAGCAGCUGAGUGGUGGUUAUGGAGGUGGUUACGGUGGCCAGAGCAGCAUGAGCGGAUAUGACCAAGUUUUACAGGAAAACUCCAGUGAUUUUCAAUCAAACAUUGCAUAGGUAGCCAAGGAGCAGUGAACAGCAGCUACUACAGUAAUGGAAGCCGAGCAUCUAUGGGCGUGAAUGGAAUGGGAGGGAUGUCUAGCAUGUCUAGUAUGAGUGGUGGAUGGGGAAUGUAAUUGAUUUUGAUCACUGACUCUUGGUCAAAAAGAAAUUUUUUAAAAAACCCCUCAGUUUAACAGAUUUUGCAAUCCAUCCAGCCUUGUGGUUUUAUGCCUGCUCUUAAGUGAACAUUGGCGUCGCUCAAAGAAGGCUCAAUGUUGAGCAUAGCAGUCACCUAGGAUGAUAGAGCAAAGCUGAGUGAACUGUAACUGUUAAACUUAAUUCCUAGCUUUUCUCUAGUUACUGUAGGAUGUACGUAAGCAGUAAGUGUAUUUAGGUUAAAGCAGUUGAAUUAUGUUAAAUGUUGCUCUUAUACAUACAUUGAACACUGUUGAUGCAUGUUGAAAAACAUGCUUUUUUGUAAAACUAUAGGAGCUGCGUCUACAAUUAAAGUGAUACAUUUGGCAUGUUUGUUAAUUCUAAAUUUAUUUGAUAACCUGUAAGGCACGUGAGUUUAAAGCUCUUUUUUUUUAUUUUUAAGUUAAUGGAGAAGUUUUGAGAGACAAUACCAUUAUUUUUUAGGAUUUUUGGUCUUAGUGUUUGUAUGAAAUUCUGAGGCCUUGAUUUAAGUCUUUCAUUGUAUUGUGAUUUCUUUUUAGGUGUAUUGCGCUAAGUGAACCUUGUCAAAUAAAUCUUCCUUUUAAAAGCUA